UACAGGCGGAGUUGGCAUGAACAACUGGUGCUCUUAUGUUUAUUCUAGGGACACCUAUUGCUCGCUGGAGUUGUCUUGGACUCUCAAAACAAGGUUGACGUUUCCAGAGGCACUGGACGCUACUGCGAGUGGAAGCACAAGACGGUGGACAUGAGCGACGAGUCUGACACCUGGGAGAGCUUCAAGCAGACCCUGAGGCUGCAGUGCGACCGCGGGCAGCCUGGAACAUUCACCUGGACCCCGGACAAAGACACGCCCAACCUUGUCUACUACCAGUGUUUCACCCACUACUAUCUCGGCUGGAAGAUCGUUGUCACUGACCCGGAAGAAGCGGAGCAGGCCAUGGAAAGCGCCGCCAGCCCAGUGCUACUGUCACGGCUGCUGGUGCUGCUGCUGUUUUCGCUCGCUUACCCUGUGUCGCUCUGCUCAGAUUUCCUUUGAUCGGUUCCGCAUAGAUCACUGUAUUCCAUCGUUUUCCAUGAAAUCAGUACAGCUUAUCCGCAUUGUUAAUCCAGCUCGCAAUCAGCAUUUUUAAAAUUAUUUUCCCACGCCAAAUUUCAUAAGCGCAAUUUAGAGCACAACUGUGGGCAGUUUCGCAUGAAUAGCAGUUACUCAAGGUGCGCUUAAUAGUAACGACACAAGUGUCAUCUUCUUGUCCGCUUGCACGUGCAUGUCCGAAAAAACUAUGCUGGCGCAUUUUCUGACCACCGAGUUGCAAGCUGCAGCAUUUCGGUCGAGCUGUUGCAACAAAGUAAAGAAAGAAAGAAGCCAUUCAUAAGGGACCAAGGUCUUCAUGACGAACGCCUCCUGUUGUUUUCUCUGCUUGUGCAUCUGCGUGUGUGUUUGUGUGAUGCCCUUUGAAAAGAGCCACUUAUAGUGGAUGCAUCAUUUUGUGCACGCUUUUCGCCAAAUAUUCCCAAGAAAUGUGAUAAUCCUGAGUUUUCUGUUGUGCACUUUUGCAUUUCUCGUUUGGAAUAAAAAAGACAGUCGGACGUAUCCCACGGUCCACCUCUACC